AUGAAGUAUCUCCCACUCCGCGACAUCGACACGGUGACGAACGCCCUUAACUUUUCGACUCCAGAUUGCCACGUUAUCGGCGGAUGCGACAUCUACACCACGAAAGCCGCCGGCGGAGAUAAGAGGCUGUACAGGAACAUCGAGAAUGGCCUCGAAUCACAAUACGAAUCAUUGGUCAGGCUGUCUGCUUCGUUAAGUCCACCAUACCGGACCGCCAGCGAUGAUGGGAGGAGUAAUGAUAGACAUGGCCGGCACAGGGGCAGUACUGUAGAGGUACCGGAGAUUGAUCUCUCACGGGCGUCGCCUUUUGGACCGCUGAGCCAGAUUACUGCAAGAAGGACGUUUGCGUAUCUGAUUGCCACGCUGAACGCAUCGCAUCCGGACUACGACUUCUCGCACCUGCUGCGGCCUUCGGACUUCCGGAAAGAGCGCAGUUUGAGGAGCAUGAUGAACAACAUUGACAGUAUGUUGCAGAAUUUGCGCCCUCGCCAAACGGCUGCGAUGAAUUAUYUUUCCCCUCCCUCGCUUUCUAGUUCGGCGCCGGCGGGGGGUGUCAGCACCGGCAGCGAAAUCUGGAACCAAAACAUGUGGAGACUCAUCGACAAGGAGAUGGGACUUCGGUCCUGCGAGAAGUACUCUUAUGCACCGGAUGAUGACCCCUUUGAUGGUGACGAAGGCGCGAUAUGGAGCACACACUACUUCUUUUUCAACAAAGAAAAGAAGCGCGUCUGCUACAUCUAUCUUCGCGGUUUCAGCGUCAUUUCCUACAGUCCAGUGUACGAACCAUCCCACAUGCGGAAACCUGCAGGAGAGCGGAAGAUAUCCUACAGUUUGGGCGAUGAAGGCGCUAGCAAACGCGCGAGUUAUUGGCUCAGUAACGAUCUGCUACAGCGAGAGAUUGAGACUUUCGWCUGUGGAGAUGAUGAAGACGAUGAGAUCGACUACGACGACGACGAGGUCGAAGUGCCCUUUAUGGAUUUGGAUGAUCUUCGGAGCCAUCUCGUUGAGGGCAGAGGGUACAACAACUACUCGGCAACAAUUGCCGAGGAUGAGGAGGACGACGCCGAAAGCGUCGAAUAUGAUGCAAACUCGUUCUCCUCCCCAUCAUCCUCUUCUUGGAAAGGUAUAUUGACGGGCCCGAGACAUGUUAGAGGUCUGAGUGAGGAGAUUGGAGAGUCCAUGGAUUUGGACUUGUGA